UUCUUUUGUCCAUAAGCGUUAAUUUGAUUCGUCAGCAAUUGAAAUAUCGCAGAAAGCGUGUUGCCUGGCGACGAAGUCACAGUAAACAAAUUCGACCAAUGGCAAGGGGUUGUUUCAUCCCAGGGGUUAAAUACUUUGAGAUGUGCUUUAAAGGGGUACUUUGGGAAUAGUUUCUUAGUUACUAUUGAAGGGAGUGUAUAUAAUAAUAGGAAAAAUGAAAAGCUGCGAGCUUAGUUUAAUUAAAUAUGUUUUGUUUGUUUUUAAUUUGGUUUUUGCGAUUUCAGGGAUAGGUUUGAUAGUAGCAGGAUCAUUGGUCCUUUCAGAUGUGGGGGAGUAUAGUCACUUUAUGGAGAGCAAGAUUCUUGCUCCUCCUGUUGUCCUGAUAGUUACGGGUUGCAUAGUCUUCCUGGUAGCGUCACUGGGAUGUUACGGGGCCAUCAGGGAAUCCUAUCAAAUGCUCAUGGCGUUUGCACUCUGUCUUUUAAUAAUAUUUAUAAUGGAAUUGGCAGUUGGAAUAGCUGCGGCAGUUUAUAAAAGUCAGUUUCAUUCUGGAGUAAAGGAGUUAAUGAACAAAUCUAUGGAAAAUUACGAAAUCAGCAAACCUGACAGGAUUGCUUGGGACAAUUUACAAUCAAAGUUGCAAUGCUGCGGUGUGGAAGGGCCCAACGACUGGCAGGACAAGCGUCCUUUAUCCUGUUGUCACGCAGUACGCGAAGGAGCAGAUCCUCCCACUGCAGUUCACUGCAGAAACGCCGUCCCUGGAUCAGAUUACCUUUAUUCCUACGGUUGCUUCGAUGAAUUGCAAAUCAAAGCUGAUAAGGCUUCGAAAGUCCUAAUCGGAGUUGGCAUUGGAAUCGCCUUUAUUGAAAUUAUUGGUAUUAUUUUGGCAUGUUGGUUGGCAUCAGCAAUAAAAAAUAAGGAAUGAUAGUACGCUUAGUCAAAAUUUUAGUUUUUUUAUAAAAAAUUCAAUCAAAAAUUUAUAUGUACCAUAUUUAAUUUGUAGAAAAUAGUGUACUUUCUUUUGUGAUUAAUAAAAUAAAUGUACGAAAAUUAUUUUAGACUUUAAAAUUUAUUUACAUAAUCAACAAAUUUUUGCACAAAUAAUUGUUAAAUUAUUGUACAUAAUUUUAAUUAA